CUUUACAACUUACGCAAAAUUUCAAUAAUUUAAUUCUCGAUGUUUACGUAUGUCUACUUCAGAUUUGCAUUACUUCUAAUGAAGUUUCCAUUCUCUCGAGUAACAAAUUAUUUUUAAACAACAUGCACUUCUAAAUUUAUUUCUUUUUUAAUUUUCUCUCUCUUAAAAUGUUGAUAUCUUUCUUGAAAUGCAUUAAUAUCUAAGUUUUUAUGUGUGAUUCAGGCGAAUAUUGUAUAUGAUUGAAUUCACAAAGGUAUAAAAAGAGGCUUAAAAGUGAUAGACAGGCUAUAUAAAUCACUUAAACUCGUUAUUUUAAAUCCGAAAUGGCAAUCGCAUCCGUUUUAUCAGAGUUCUCUGUUAUCCGCGGUAACAUCGAUUCACAUUACCUUGGUUAAUCGGGUUCUAUGUAUAUAACACUCUGACAAAAUAGAAUAACAAAAAUCAAAUUAAUUCUUGUUAAUUAUUAAUGCAUAAUUAGCUUUUAUUAAUAAUGGGAAAUUACAACAAUGCUGGAUAAAAGCAUAGAACAGAACUGAUAGUCCAUAUAUUACUAAGGAUUAUCUUGUCAUGUAUUGUACGUCACUAAUUUUCUUCUUUUUAUGACGAUCAUUGUAUUCUCCCAAUCUCCAAAUUAAUUAUGUUACGAUAUUUACGAAAGCACAACAGAUUUAUGUCUUGGAACUAUUCUGAAUACAGCGUCAUUAAUCCUUCUGUCCAGAAAUCCUAUAUAAAGCUGGUCUCAUUCGACACUCAACAUCAGUUCACCAUGAGGAAAGAACAGUGUAUCGUUUCUUCCAGAUAUUUCGCCAUGUUUGCCAUUUGGGUAUUUCUAGCAUCUGUUUCUUACUUCAGAAUAGUCGAAGCAGUCGAUUUCCAAGAAGUACGACCAGAAUUGUUAUCUGUCAAUUUCAUCAAAAUGGAAUCUGAACCAAAUCUAGAUUUCAUUUUGCCACGCGAUAGAAGACAGAAAUCUGAUAAUGAAAGACGAAUCGAUGUAUUCGUAGCAAGUCGAGGCAAAAGAGGAGAAUAUGAAAACACCAAUUCGCAACAGACUUCAACUUCUUCGAUUGGACUAAUUUUCGUGGCACCUCGAGGUAGAAGAUCGGAAUCUAAUCUCGUAAUCUAAUCUUGCAAGUAGGAUUUGUUGCAACUCGGGGAUGAAAGUCAAUUUAAACUUGAAAUUAAACGACUAAAAUUUUAUAUUUUGACUAGAA